UACGAUGUUCCAGGAAAAAGCGACAAAAGUAGAGCCCACGAAAUUUUACUUUUAUAGUAAGCCUAUUUUUUUUUUUUUUUUAAAAGCGGUAGUCCAGACUUAAUAAAAGUAAAACAAUUGAUUUAAUUAUCUACUACUCCUCUGAGGUAUUUUGGAGAAUACUUGUGAAUUAGCUAGCCAAGGCGUGUUGCCGAGUUUUUGCUAGCAAACUUUGCAACCAACUUUCUGCUGCACGAUUUCACGCUCCAAGAGUCUAACCUACAUUGGCCCGCUGACAGGGAAUCUGAGCUGAAGAUGGCGACCACCAUUACAUUUGGAACGACGAUUGAUCCAUGCAAGACCUCUUCGUUUGGGAGGGCUCCAGAAGAACCUGAUGAAAAAAGAAACUGUGACCCGGAGAAACUUCUUCAGUGCCCUUUCGACAAAAAUCACCAGAUCCGAGCUUGCCGCUUCCCAUAUCAUCUCAUAAAGUGCAGGAAGAAUCAUCCCAAACUGGCCAGUGAGUUAAAAACCUGCCCUUUUAAUGCUCGCCACCUGGUCCCCAAGCAUGAGCUCAUGUACCAUACCGAAACCUGUGAGGACAGGAUAUCUUUGGACACUGAAGAAACUGGAAACACGAAUGGACAUUGUCAGUGGCAGGUCCCUGUCAGCACCUGGGUGAACCCAAACAUGACUGAGGAUUGGGAUGAAGAGGCCGAUGAUAACGCUGCUCCGUUUGUGUGGGGUGUAAAUAGAGCGUUUGAUCUAAAACAGGAGACGAUGCCAACCAGCAACCUUGGUCUGAGUUUAAGAACACCCAAAACCCUCCCGUGGUAGCCGACCUGCGCCACAACUUGCACACGGCCGUUACAUAUCCGCAGAAUGUUGGCCAAAUGAAUACGCAUGCAGUCAUGGAUAUUUCUUUUAAAGUUUGUUCUUAAGCCUUUAAACUGCUCAAAGUUGUUUUAAUUUGCACGACUGUAUUUUAGUUUUUACUUCUUGGAUAAAGGUUGCAGAGCUUUGUAGUCACCUGUCAUGGCAAGAAUCAUAAAUGCAAAGUUUAGUACAGGUUGAGCAACACUGGUGCCUUUUUUUAUUCUUUUAAAUUGUUUUGCAUUCCCCUCUUGUAACAACAACUAACAACAUUGGUUUAUUAAUGUGUGCUUGUUUUAUUAAGUGUUUAUUUCAAAUAAAGCUGUAAUAAGCAAAUAA